AUGUCUGGCACAUCAUUCGAGAGGGUUUUCCAAGCCCUCUUAUAUGGCACCAAGCCAGCCAGAUUCCUGCAAUCGACCAAUCUACAGACUCCAAAAAAUGCAGGUAGUAGGCUACCUACACAUCAAGUCGUUCAGACUCUUCUUAUAUUUCUAUCUUUGGUAGAAUUGAUGCCAGAAAGCCGAAAUUUCGCAGAAUGUCGAUACAAGUAUUCAAAUGUAACAGGUUUAUCGCCCUUGUACUACGAAGAAAGAGGAGAAUCUGAUCUGAAGUGUGAUGAAAACUGUGCUCUCGACACCAGAUGUUCUAUUGCUAUCACGACUAGGGGUGGAUGUAAACUUUACGAAACACCAGUCAUCUUCGUGAAGUUUUUUGGAGAUGUAGAACAAUGUAUUGAAAAGUGCAACGAGAUGAGUGACUGUAAAACGGUUGGCGUUGUAAAAAUUUUGGCUAUUUCCUGUUAUUUAUUUAACGUUACCUUGGACAAGAUUCCAGGUGAUAUGAAAGACACUUACAGUAGCUAUCAUAUCGUUGCAGAAAAAAUCUGUGAAUAA